AUGGAGUCGAAAGGAAAUAUUUCUCCUGAGAAUCAAAAGUAUCGUGCACGAGGGGAAAAUUGGACCCAAGAGGAAAAGGAUCUGUUUUUGGAAAUAAUGAGAGAGUCAGCGCCUAUUAUGGAGAGUAAAUUUACCGAUACUAAUACAAAUAAAAGAAAGAAUCUGGAGUGGAUUAGAGUACAAAAGAGUCUUAAAGAACUCACUGGGAAAUCUAGAGAUAUCACCCAGUUAAAGGGUUUCUGGAGACGAACAAAAGUGGCUGCAAAGAAAUCUGUGUCACAACUUAGAAGAGCUUUGCAAGCUACUGGUGGUGGACAAAGGCCAACAUCUUCAGGUGAUGAUCACCUAAAGAUAAUGGAACUCUGCCCAACAGAUUUUGUUAUAGAAGAAAAUCUUUAUGACAGCGAUGCGGUCCCACAACUACAAGAUGAAAUUCUACCACCAGAGGAACCAGCUGUACAGCAAAUGAUUACAGUGGCAAAUGUGCACAGCGAAGAGGUGAUACCUGAAAAAAAUGUGGUGCUUCAUACUAUUGAUAUCAAGAUCCCUGAAUGCAGCAGAAAAACACAAAUGGUGUUUCCUCCAAAGGUGGAUAAAAAACAAAAUAGAGAAAAGAAAACAAACAAGUUGUAA